AAUAUAUAAAUGGGCCAAAUUGGGCGGGCCCAAUGGUAGAAUCCAAUUGAAGAGGCUUGACCGUGACUGGGAGUGAGAUCCAAUCCAGCACAGCAGACCACACGUGUGUCUGAGAAGAAAAUCGAAACGCAGACAGUGUCUCUGAUGGCAGCGUCGUUCAGGUGGAUAUUACAACUACACAAGGAUGUUCCAAAAGCCGCACGCUUCUACUCCGAAGGCUUGGACUUCAGCAUCAAUGUCUGCAGCCUUCGUUGGGCCGAACUCCAAUCCGGUUCUCUCAAGCUUGCCCUCAUGCAUUCUCCCAAUGAGCAAGCCACACAGAAAGGGUACUCAUCGCUUCUGUCAUUUACUGUUCCUGAUAUGAACAGUACAGUAACUAAAUUAAUGGCGUUAGGAGCUGAACUAGAUGGACCCAUCAAAUAUGAGGUCCAUGGAAAGGUUGCAGCUAUGCGGUGUAUUGAUGGACAUAUCUUAGGCCUCUAUGAACCCGUGUAAAGAUACACAUAACAUAGGAGAUUCAGUAUCAACAGUACCCUCUUUUGUCAUGGUGGAUUCCUUGCAAUAAUUGAUGAUGUUCUCUUGUCAAGACCUGUAGCAGCAGGAUUGUAGCGUGUGAAGCAAUAGGGCUGAGAAUAAGGCAAAAUGAUUAGGAGAUAGAAAAAAAGCUAUCCAGAUAUCUCCAAAUUAUCUGUCUUGUAGAUGGGUUUUUUUGGUGCCAUCCAUAUCUGCUAGAGGUGACAGCAAAUCAUCUGUUGGUUUUAUUUAAUUUUUCGUCUCCCUGUUGAAACGUUGAAACUUGACGCUUUCAAUUGUAGACUUUGCCCAUGCAAUUACUCAACGAUUGAAAUAUUUAUGGAUUAAUGUAUGUCUCGUGUGCUAAUACUUGAUUUGGCGUCUGAUACAAUCUCUGCCAUCAGUUGAAAAGAUUCAUAUGUAAUAGUAAUUUUUUUAAUGUGGUA